AAAAACUCCAACCAUAGUUUGCUGGCGGUGCUGCAAUUUUCCUAACUUUCCACCCAAACCGACCGGGAUGCUAAAACUAACUUUCGACCGAACUGCCAACGGUGGUGCGCCUAUACGAAAUUUUGAAGCUUGUCAGUGCCAUCAUUUCAAGGUAUCGAAUAAGAAAUUCGCCACCCAGCGUGUAUAGGAUGUUGCAUAUUCGUACAAUUCCUUGGCACAAAACCGCAAUUCAACUAAUAGGCUGAGUAUCGAAACAGUAAUGUGCGGAAUAGACUUUGUUCAAAAGGCACACCAAAACUACUUGCAAUGAGAUGUCGAUUGGGUGACGUGGUGUGUUGACGGGCAUCAUUUUUACUGAUCAUCGCCACCUAACCACCGUUCGAAGCAAAACUCCAACUUUCAACAUAAGUUGGUAGCUGCGUCAUGUUAAUUACAGCAAAUCGGAAUUAAUCCAUUCAUUGCUUCCGAAUACUUUACCUUCUGUACAUCACAUUGAAAGUAAUCUUGCACUUUACAUUCUCAAGGCUUAAAAAUGCAAUCUAACGACGAAACUAGUGUACCGGUAACAGAACUUACAUCGAUGUGCCAAACGAAACAGGACGUAGAUCAAACCAAAGAUGCACAUUAUUCGGGGGACCCUUUUGUUUUCCCUCCAUUUUCAUACCACGAUACGCGCAACCCAGACCGCAAUGUAAUGAAAACGGUUCACAACGUUUGUCAUCGUGGCACGCGUAAUCAUCGUGGCAAUAAUGUACACUUUUCUAUGGGAGUGUACGAAAAUGAGGCAUCGCCUAAAGCUCACUGCUACACACCGUACGGGCGAAUGCGCCCAUACUUCAUACCGCAUCGAACGCGCACCAAGAGUGAAAGUUCCGACCCAUCGAACUUGGUGCAAUCGAUCGUGCAUGAAACUGCCAGUACGAGCAGUACUAAUUCAGCCACCUCCACCAUCGUGUCUAGUGCGGGUGUGUCAUCCAUACUGAUGGAAACCUGCGAACCUACGGCGGCAAUGAUGGAUGUAUCGAUCAAUGCACCGGGACACGGUGCAGUCAGGUAUUGGAAUCCGGUAGUGGUGUUGAAGAAGGCACGCUCCCUGGAGAAUGUCCGCGUGGAUAACUCGCUCGAGGGUUCACAACAUUCACACGAGAUGGAGUUCGUAUCUAGUCGCAUACAGAAGCUAAUGGUGCAGGAGUAGAGUAGCUACGCAAAAUCAUGUUACCCACGCAAAUAUUGCGCUUUGCAUGACAUCAAACCCUAAGAUAGACUCAGAUAAACAUAGCAAUUCGAUGAAACUGACCGUACGAUCCAGUAGAAACCAGUACAGAGAAGGAGCCAGACACGUGUCGUGCAAAGCGGUGUUUAAAAUAACACCGGUUAAAAUACCGGAGAUCUUAAUUUUUUAAUUGUAGACGAGGGUAAAGGAAUCUUUUUGUUUUUGCUUUUUUAAUAAUGAUAAGGCUGUUUUCAAACUGUGUUCCCAGUAUACUAUGAAUACAUUUUUUUUUUCCAUAUA